UGAAAAUUAUAAUUGUUGAUAUUUUACAAUCCUAUUUUAGUGUUUAAUAUUGUUCAAGAAUUUUCCUUUUAAAUGAUAACUCAGGAGAAUCUUCUCCGGAUAAGAUUCAUGUUUAUCUCAAAGGAAAAGGUUUUAGCUUUUGCAAGGCUAAAUCAACUAGAUCAAAUUAUUUGUUUUCAAUUUUAACUCAGAAAUAUCUGAAUUUUAUAAUUUUCUCCCUUUGUCAGUCAAAUUCCAAUCUGGCCACAAUUGAAAGAGACUGAGAAGGUUUUGACAGUAAACAUUCUUUUGCUUAGCUAAUAUUCCAACCUGGCCAGGGCUGAAAUAUUAGACUAGGCAAAAUAUUUUUUCUAUUAUAUUUUAAAACCAAACCUUUACUAAAUUUUGAAAAGCGGUAAGAGGUAAGUAUUUUAGAAAACCAUGCAAUUUUAAUUUGGCAAUGAAAUACUCCCCACUAAACUAAUUCACAUAAUUUUGAUUCAUGAAACUUAAAAUGUUAAAGGAAGUAACAUCCUAAAGUUUUUCUGGAUGGCUAAUAAUAUAUAAUGCUAGUGCAAUGUAUACAAACAACAUUAACAAACAUUGUAGUGUAAAUUCAACAUACACUUAAAAAAUAAUAGACUGUAUUUGCAGCAUUGAUAACACACCUUUUCAGCAAAUGUAAAAGAACGGGUGAACAAGGCAAAUAUUAACUUAGUAAAGUUUGCAAAAUAUACAGGCUUUGACAAAUUUAGAUUAUAGAUGGGCAAAGCAGCUGCCAAACCCUCCUGAGGGUAAACAUCGCUUGGAUUAAUGCCUUUAAGUUUUCCAGUUUUUAUUUUCACUGUCUCAAGACAUGAGGCAAGUAACAUCCUGCUACAUAUAUUGAGAAGAUAGUUUAUUCUCUGUUGCUGUGUUCUAGCUUUUCUAUGUGUCUGGUGGUACCUUCUUAGGUUGACUUGCUUGCUAUUGUUUCUAUGAAGCUUUAUUUUGAGAAUUCUUUUCCUGCUGCUUUUCACUUGGUGGGUAUCUUUUAGGGGUUUUUUCUACAUUUUAAUUUGUGUUGGUGUUUGAGUCCCACCCCCUCGAGAUAGUGGUUUUUCGUGUGAUUGGGGCUGUUUGGAAAUGAUACUAGGUUGCAAACAUUUCCUUUUUAUAUCUUUGUGUUUCUCCCCUCCAUAGCUUAAUGAAAGGUUAGUGUUUAAAUGUUUAUUUCCCGGGGAGAAAUUUCCCUGUCCCCAUGGACGCUGGGUGUUAAUUAAACCAGGCAUUUUUUCUCCCUCUUCCCUUAAAAACUUCCAGUUUUCAGUUGGAGAUGUAGGUGAAUUUCAAAGUGUGGUCACUACCUUGGCUUCGGAGAUCACAGCAGGAUCAGAUGGAGCUGGAGCGGUUUCCGGCUCUUUGGUAACAUUAAAGUGUUUUGUAUUAUUUUCCUGGAUGCCCUGAGUGUUUUCUUGUGCUGUGGUUACAGCAGUAUCGGAGCUGAUCUUUGAGGCAGGACUUGAAUUCGGAGCCCCCGAUGCUCCCCCUUUCUGGUUCUCCUCCUGUCGCUCCUCGUGUGACGUCAUCACGGCGCGCCCUCUCCUGGCAGCCGGCCGGGGUUUCCAAGGGCGGAGCCGCGCUCUCCUUGUUGGCCGACGACACGGCCUGCAGAGGCUGUGCUGGGGCCGGGACCGUGACCGGGACUGCUCCCCUCUGAGGCUGGGCCGUGACCGGGAGCACCACCCAGCUGGGGUGGGUCGGAGCAAGGGCUAGCUCCCACCAGAGCCGGCCCGGGGGCGGAGCCACGCUCCACCAGGAAGUUUUUGUUUCUUUUUUCCCUCCGGCUGCCAUGCGGUCGCUGCCAUGUUGGGUUUUUUUCUCUCCCUCCUCUACAGCCGUUUUGGAUAAAUUAAGAGUUUCUGAGCCGGCUACUAAAGUUUUUCCGUUGUCAUCAGCUCCCCUGAAAAAGAGCUGCUUGUUCCAGGUUUCCCCAUCAGAGAUAGUAUUUCAGAACUUCGUCGCUCAUGAAGUCUCUGAAAUGGUACUGUUUCUCAUAAAUAAGGACAAGUUUAAUCGGCUGGUGAAGAUUUCCAUGGAGAGAUCACCUUAUUUCGAGCUGGCGUGCCCCAAUGAAGCAUACCACAUCAUACCACCAGGCACAUCUUCCCCUGUGCGCAUCCGCUUCACCCCUAACAAGAACCAGUCCUUUCUCUGUGGAUCCAGACACAGGAACUCUGGGUGCUGGUGACACCAUGCAGGUGACAGUGGAAUUUCACCCGCAGAAGGUUGGUGACCAUUCCGACAUCCUGGAAGUGUACCGCGUCAUAGGUGAAAAAUGCAUACACACAAAAGUUCAAGGAGAAGCUGUAGAUGUUGACAUUGCGUUGAGCACAAAUUCCCUGAAGUUUGGGAAGACUUUCAUCACCACAUCAAACUACAAAAUCAUGUUAAUUGAAAACAGGAGUAACAUCACAGCCCACUUCCAGUGGAAGGCUUUUCUUACUGAGGAAGAAGAGAAUAAAGAGAGGAGGAGGCAGUGCUAUUUGCUGCGGCCACACAAUGAGGUGUGGCUGGAAAACUUCAUUGAGGAGGAAAAUAUAGAGAAGAAGGACUACGGUGAAGAUAACACUGCCGUCCUGAGCCACAUGGUCCAGGAGGAGACAGCAAAGGUGCAAGAAGACCCCAUGCUGUUCUCCGAUGAUGUUUUUUCUAUUGAGCCAAUGGAGGGAGAGAUCGGGCCGAAUUGUUCGGCUGAAGUCAAGGUGACCUUUAAACCCCUAGAAGCACUAGAGUAUCGAAGUGUGGCUUACUGCAACAUCUCAGGCCGUGAGAGCAGGCUGCCCCUGCACCUCACAGCACAAGGUCAAGGACCUUUGGUUGAACUCAGCUAUAAUACACUGGACCUUGGGGACAUUUUAGUCGACACCUGCCACAUCUCUGAGGUGAAACUGAUUAACCGAGGAGCUAUUGAUGCUCCCUUCCGCUAUAUCCCUUCAACCAAAAACUUGGGCUACUGCUUCAAGUUUGUACCUGAGGAGGGCAUCAUUGCACCAGGUCGGAUCCAGACCAUCCAGAUCUCAUUCAAUGCUACCACAGUGGGGACGUUUGAGGAAGAAUUCCAGUUCAUUGUGGCUGGAUCUCCUACUCCUGCUAUCCUGACAAUCAAGGGGUUUGUCACUAGACCGAAUUUAUACUUCAACGUCGAUGAACUUGACUUCGGUGACGUUUCCUUUGCUUCUCUCAAUGACGACUGAGGAGGAGAAGAUCCUGCGGAUGGCAGUGGGGUCUGAGUACCAAAAGAACUUUUUGAUGCCUCCACGUGCCGUGGGUGGGACACUGCCCCCAGAGGUGCUGGAUGACUAUGAAGCACAGAAGAGGCUGAAAGCUCAACAGGCAGAGCUCAGGGCCAUGGCAGAGACCAAGGCCACAGCUGAGGCUGAGGCUGAGGCCAUGGACAAGGCAGCACCAGUUUAUCACGGGGCUGUCACACCCUCUCCUGAGCCCAUGGUGGAAGUGACUGGGAAUCCUGU